AUGGCCCUUAAAAUAGACCUGCCUCACGCCACACUGCCAGGCAUCAAGGCUCCAUCCACCACACUGCUGGCUCCGGGCGCAACACCUGCCAGCCAGUCUGUGCCUCCUGAAGGUGAACAUGUGACACCUGCUGGGGCGGAGACCUCAACAGGGGAUUCAUCAAGUGAUUACCUCCAAAUUAUCACCUGGAGGAUACAGUGUAGGCUGCUGGAGACCACCACCUCCAGGGCGCCUCCACCUACGACACCACCACCUCCAGGGCGCCUCCACCUACGACACCACCACCUCCAGGGCGCCUCCACCUACGACACCACCGCCUCCAGGGCACCCUCCACCUAUAACACCACCUCCAGGGCGCCUCCACCUGCCACCACAACAUCAGGGCGCCUCCACCUGCGACACCACACAACAUCCCGGGGCGCCUCCACCUACGACACCACAACAUCCAGGGGCGCCUCCACCUGCGACACCACAACAUCCCAGGGCGCCUCCACCCUGACACCACAACAUCCAGGGAGCGCCUCCACCUGCGACACCACAACAUCCAGGGCACUCCACCUGCGACACCACAACAACCAGGGGCGCCUCCACCUACGACACCACAGCAUCCAGGGGCGCCUCCACCGAGCACCCUACAACAUCCGGGCGCCUCACUACGACACCACAACAUCAGGCGCCUCCACCUGCGUACCGACAUCAGGGCGCCUCCACCACGACACCACGACAUCCAGGGCGCCUCCACCUGCGACACCACAACAUCAGGGCGCACUCACCAGCACGGGCGCCUCCUACGACACCACAACAUCCGGGGCGCCUCCACCACGACACCACAACAUCCGACGCCUCACCUACGACACCACAACGCAUCCUGGGCGCACGUCCACCCACGACACCAACUUGCCCAGGGCGCCUCCACCCACGACACCCACAACUUUCAGGGCGCCUCCACCUGGCUACCACAACAUCAGGGCGCCUCUACUGCACCACGACACCAAAACAUCAGGGCGCCUCCACCUGUUUCUGCAACAUCAGGGCGCCUCCACCUGCACGACACCACAACAUCAGGGCGCCUCCACCUACCUUUCCCACAACAUCCAGGGCGCCUCCACCUACGACACCACAACAUCCAGGGCGCCUCCAUCCACGACACCACAACAUCCAGGGCGCCUCCACCUACGACACCACAACAUCCAGGGCGCCUCCACCACCACAUGA